CAGUGAUUAGUAGGGAGAAGGAAAAUGGGGAGCAGGCUAGGCUGUGCAUUAAAUAGGCAUCUCACCAGGUUCAUGAAGAAGGCUUCAAAUAAAUUGUUCAUUGCUGGAACUUGAGAGCGAUGCAGGUUUCAGAUGGAGGAGAAACAUGGGUGCUGGAGAACAGGAGUGUAGGGUACAAGCUUCAAGCAGGCUGGUGGUAGUUUGUUCAGAGUAAGGUGGAGAGCGGGAGCACCAUGGCUGGGAAGUCUUGACUUCUUACUGAGUAGCAGAAGUCACCGACAGUUCCUGUCCAUGGAAAGAGUUCCUACUUUUAGUCCUGCAGCUUCAGCAGCAAACUCUGGGAUGGCUCUUGAGCACAGAUCUGCUGGCUAGGCAAAGCUUGCUGGCUCUCUGUUUGGCUUGCUCCAUUUUUGUAGUUGUUUCUCCCUUUGAUGUCCAUUCUUGUUAUGCCCCUGGGCUACUGUCUUUUAAUUAUCAAAUUAGCUCAGGAUAUUUGGUCAGUCAGGGAAAACUCUAUUGCUCUAUUGUAUUGUUCUAUUGUCAUUCCCCAAAACAAAUCUACAUCUUCUCCUACUUUGUCCCAAGAAUGUUAAAAGUCAGAGGAGCUAGUGAAAGAAUCAGAUCUAUUUGUGUGAGACAGCAAUUAAAUUACUUCUUGUGUAUAUCUAUCUAGCGUGUAAUUAUAACAAAAGAAUGUUUAAAGUAGCAACAAAAGGGGUGCAUGGUUUGAGGCUAGUUAAUACAUUUGACCGAGGCAGAAGCAUCCUUUCCAGCAGAGGUAGGGGAUUACCUGAAAGCAUGUUAAUUUUAGCAGUGUGAGGCAGGCAAUCAAGCAAGACCUAUUGUGUCUCUUGUGAGUUUCACAAGUUCUAAUACACAAUGCUAGAUUGCCCCUGCCUUCACACAAAUCAUUUACCAGGCAGUCAUGAGGUCUGGGUGUCAUGCACUGCUCAGUUCAUCUGAAUUUAGGCAUUAACUGAAACCUUAAUAAAAUGGAAUUCAGACACAGGCCUGAAUUCUACACAAUUCUGGGUGGGUAAUAUUGGGGUCAGGGUGUCCCCAUCAGGGUGUGUGAGACCAUUUUUGAUACCCUUCCCUAAGCAGCACUCUGUGCUACCUGAAAAUAUGUCCCUAAGGACUGCACAACCCUCAGGAACAUACGUUAGGGUGGCACAGAGGAUAUCCUGAGGCAGGGAAGGGCAUCCAAAAUUGCUGUUUCCCUACUCAUCGGUGCAUCCUUGCUCUGUAUAUCAGUCAAGAUCCAGAAGACAUGGGGGGCGGGAAUACUAGCAAUGGAAAAUCCUGAAGUGGUUGUAAGCAGCUGCAGUUCUCAUGAUGACGAAUACAGCUACAAGCAACGUCCAUCGAUGUGCCAGGAAUUGCUUCUGGAAGAUCAGCUGAAAAGGAAACUUAAAUUCUUCUUCAUGAACCCAUGUGAAAAAUUCUGGGCUCGAGGGAGAAAGCCUUGGAAGCUUGGGAUACAGCUUCUGAAAAUAGCAAUGGUUACCAUCCAGCUCGUAAUUUUUGGGUUAAGCAACCAAAUGGUGGUUGCAUUUAAAGAAGAAAACACAGUGGCUUUUAAACAUCUCUUCCUGAAAGGCUAUACAGAUAGAAUGGAUGACACCUAUGCAGUGUAUACACAAAUGGAUGUCUAUGAUCAGAUCUCCUUUGCAAUAAAUCAGUAUUUACAGCUGCGCGCCAUAUCUGUUGGAAAUCAUGCCUAUGAAAAGAGAGGAGCUGAAGAGACCGCUAUGGCUAUUUGCCAGUACUUCUACAAGCGUGGAACCAUCUCCCCUGGAAAUGAUACUUUUGAUAUUGAUCCAGAAAUUGAAACUGAAUGCUUUUAUGUGGAGCCCAUGCUGCCCUUGGAAAAUGGGACAUUGAGGAAGAGCCCUUUCAACUUCACUCUUGACUUCCAUAGACUUGUGACUGUGCAGCUCACAUUCAAAUUGAAGGCUAUCAAUCUCCAGACAGUUCGUCACCAUGAACUUCCGGACUGCUAUGAUUUCACUCUGACGAUAGUCUUUGAUAACAAAGCACAUAGUGGAAGAAUUAAAAUAAGCCUAGACAAUGAUAUUGCUAUCAAGGAAUGCAAGGACUGGCAUGUUUCGGGAUCAAUACAGAAGAAUACCCAUUACAUGAUGAUCUUUGAUGCCUUUGUUAUAUUGACAUGUCUAGCAUCACUGAUUCUUUGCACACGAUCUGUGAUUAAGGGAAUUCGUCUACAGAGGGAGUUUGUGUCCUUUUUCCUACAUCAUUAUAAGAAAGAAGUAUCUUUCACUGACCAGCUGGAAUUUGUCAAUGGAUGGUAUAUAAUGAUAAUUGUUAGUGAUGUCCUAACCAUAAUUGGUUCAACGCUAAAAAUGGAAAUCCAGGCUAAGAGUCUAACGAGCUAUGAUGUCUGUAGUAUCCUCUUAGGAACUUCCACUAUGCUUGUGUGGCUUGGAGUGAUUCGCUACCUUGGUUUCUUUCAGAAGUACAAUCUGCUUAUUUUGACACUACGUGCGGCAUUGCCCAACGUAAUUCGAUUUUGCUGCUGUGCUGCUAUGAUUUAUCUGGGCUAUUGUUUCUGUGGUUGGAUUGUGCUGGGCCCAUAUCAUGUUAAGUUCCGUUCCUUGAACAUGGUUUCUGAAUGUCUCUUCUCUUUGAUAAACGGAGAUGACAUGUUUGCCACAUUUGCAAAAAUGCAACAGAAAAGCUAUUUGGUUUGGUUAUUCAGCCGGGUUUACCUCUACUCUUUCAUCAGUCUGUUUAUCUACAUGGUGUUGAGUCUCUUCAUUGCCCUUAUUACGGAUACAUAUGAAACAGUUAAGCAUUACCAGCAAGAAGGUUUUCCAGAAACAGAACUUCAUACAUUUAUAGCACAAUGCAAAGAUCUACCAAACUCUGGAAGGUAUAGAUUAGAAGAGGAGGGUCCUAUAACAAUCUUCUGCUGUUGUAAAAGGUCUUAAUGAAAAUAUUGACCAAGGAUUUUUGAAGUCUAUUUGGAAAUUCCUGGACUGCACACUUAUUAUAGACACUACAACAAAUAAGUCAAAUGGGAAAUUCCUUUCCAGAAGGCACAACACGUGUUCUUGCAAAAUUUCAAUAGUUGAUUUGAAUCUGCUGGAGACUGUGUUUACCCUUGUUUCUAAGCUUGAUUUCAAUUAUCUACACACAUACACACACUUACACACUUAAGUGGAAGCAAAGGAAAACUACCUGUGCUGCAGCAUUAUUGCAUGUUAGUCUAUUGCAAUCUUAGCUCUACAGGCAAAUUGUGUGGAUGAAUGUCUUCUUAAAUGACUUAAGCACAAACUUUUUCAAAGGUGCUUAGGACAUCCGCAUUAGCUGUAUAUAUAGUUAUAUGGAUUAAAACAUAUUGGAAGAAGGUGAAAUACCCUGAGUUUUUAAAAACAUCAAUUUUCACAACACUGACAGUCUGAAAAAAACAAGAUGGGAAAGAUAUGUACACUAAUAAAUGGAAGGCCUUACAGUUUUAUUGCAAACUUGUGUAAUAUGCAAAUUAAUGCAUUUCUCAAGCCUCUAUUAUCAAACAAGUACUGACUGUUUGCAAUAACAUAGGGAAACUGUAGAAGUAUUCUGAAAAACAGUUCUUAACUUUUCCUGCAACUUGUGUUAUAUCUUAGAACUGCUAAACAGUGGUCCAAAAGCUGUACAUGGAAUCUGACUUUUAUAGAUGCCUUAUUUGCUAUAUUUUAUUUAUUUGGAAAGCAGAUGAGAAAAAUGAAUCUAUUUUUAGACUUUUUAAAUUUUCAGAUGGAAAAGCAACUAUCAUGGUAGAGUACUGAAUGAGCAGCAAGACAUUUUAUGUACUAUGUACAAACUUGGAAAUCUUUAAAUAUGUGCUGUUUGUUCACAUUCUGUAGAAAGAUGCUAUCGUGAAUACUGUAUUAAUCUUUCAAGUUAAUUAAUACUGGCAUUAAGAAUAAAGAUCUGUUUAACCAGUA